AUGGAGAGUUUGUAAAAAAAUAUAAAUAUUGUCAAGUGCACUAAAUUAUAUCAUUUCUAUUAAGAAAUUUGGUCUUUUUUACUAAAUUAUGAUUACGUUUCUUUGAGCAUAUCUGUUACAGACAUUACUCAGUAUAAUUACAUUGUUCAAUUUAAAGUUUAUUUACUUGAGAAAUCAUUUAAAGAAUAGGAACGAUUAAUUAAUUAAAUCAAAAAGGUUGAUUAGAAUGAAAAAGACUUAAAGAGAGAGAAAUUGAAGUAGAAACUGGUUCAUCAAUAUGCAAAAGAAUCGUUUAUUAUUUUAUUUGAAAUUCUCAACCUCAAAGUUCCAAUUAGAGCAUCUCUCAAACCUAAUUAAGACACUCAGGCUUUGGAUUAAUUUUUAGUGUAAAAGUUUCGUAACCUUGAGUUUUAUGAGUACACAUACCUCUCUAAAAAUCUCCUUAUUCCAAAUAAUCUCAAUAACAAUUAGGGAAAUGUCACUAGAGAUAAGAUCAAUCAGAUUAAGAAAUAAGUAAAACCAGAUGAUGAAGAUAGUUAGAUUCAAAUUGAAUAAGAAGAAAAUAACGGCAAUUUAUUUAGUGUCAAUGAAUAACAAUCAUAUCUAUUUACAUAAUGUUAAUAACCAGAGGAUUUAAGAAACAAUUUAUUCGAUUAUUAAUCUUAAGCAGUUCAAUGGAUGUUAUAUCGUGAACAAAGAAUUAGUGCUUAGACAUUAAAUCUUUAGGGUUAGAAAUAAUCUCUGAAUAAAAUGUGGAGUUAAAUAUAGCUUGAUGACGAUAUCUAUAUAUAUUUCAACGAAUUAACGGGUCAAUUUUCAGAGAAAGCUGUACCUUCCAAAGAUGUAAAGGGAGGAAUUUUGGCUGAUGCAAUGGGUCUCGGAAAAACUAUUUGUUCCAUUGCCUUAAUUUUAUUGGGGAGAGAAAUGAAAUAGUAAUAAUUGAAUGAUAUUAAUUCAGAACCUUUAGGGAAAAAAGUAAAAUUAGAUAAAGAAGCUGGUAAUACUCUUUUGGUUGUUGAACUAAGUGUAUUUGAACAUUGGAUAGAAGAGAUUGAGAGACACACUAAAUUAAACAAAUUGGAAGUUUAUCAAUAUUAUAAGCCAUAAUCUAGAGUAAAGGAGAUUAAAUUAGAAGUCUAUGACAUUGUGAUUACAACUUAUGGGGUGCUUAAAAAGGAUUUUACUAAAAAUGGAUUAUUAUACAUGUACGAAUGGGAAAGAAUCAUUUUGGAUGAAGCUCAUGUGAUUAAAAGUAAAAGUACAGCUUGUGCUAAGGCUGCAUCUUCUAUCCAAGCUAAAAGUAGAUGGUGUCUAACAGGAACUCCAAUUUAGAAUCAUUUAGAAGAUUUAUUUAGUCUCUUUCAUUUUCUGUAAGUGGAAACUUUCUCAGAUUAUUAUUGGUUCAACCAUUAUAUUAAUAAAUAAUAAGAUAAAGCGGCUAAAUUCAAUUUGUUACAUGAGAUUCUAAGACCUCUUUUAUUGAGAAGAACCAAACAAUCAGAAUCAAUUUAAAGUUCAUUAAAUUUACCAAGCAAGCAGCAUUUCAUUGUUCGAGUGAAGAUGUCCAACCAGGAAAAAAAAUUUUACAAUACUUUGUAUUUUAAUACUUAGAAGUAUUUAAAGGAGUUUUUUGGAAUUGGAUAGCAAUAGAAAACAAAGAAGAUAGGAUACAUGCACGUAUUUUAAUUGCUUUCUUCUCUCAGAUAAUGUUGUGAUCAUGUAGGACUCAUAGCAAACAAAUUGAAAAAUAAGGCUUUACAAUAAUAACAAUAAUAAUAAUCAACUAACAAAUAAAAAUCAGAGUUAGUGAUAAAAUAGUUUAUUGAAAAUGCUUAAUAUAAUUUAGAAAGGAGUUUAAAGGCGUAAAUCUAAUCAUUACAAUAGAAGCAAGAAUAAGCUGAAGCUCAACAGCAAGAAUUGGAAGACGAUGAUGAUUUUUCUGUUCAGGAUGAGUUUUCAGAAAAUUCAUCAACUGCAGAUGAAGUAAAACCGUAAUUGGAUUUAAAAGAAAUUGAAAAUGAUUUAAAAUUGAAAAUUUAAUAGUUAGACAAAAUAUAAAUCGAAUCUUAAGACUUCGAAAAUACCUAGAGAAAAUAUGAAAGUAUAUUUGAGAAGGUGAAGAAUUACGACUGUGCUAUUUGUCUAGAGCCUUUAAAGGAAAAAAGUAUAAUCUAUUAUCUAAGUUGUGAACAUAUAUUUUGUUCAUGUCUUGAAUCCUUACCAAAACAAAAUGAAACUAUUGUUUGUCCAAUAUGUAGAUAAGAAAUUGAAAACAAGGACAAAAUUAAACUAAUUUAAACUAAACCUGCCCCAUCUCCAUAAGAUGACUGGUAUAAAGAAAGCACAAAGAUAAAUGAAGUUCUCAAAUAUAUAGAAUAUGUUUGGAAAAAAAAUGAAAAAGUAGUUAUUUUUACUUAAUGGAUAAGUAUAAUGAAUUUCAUUGAAGGUAAAUUAAGAGUUAAAGGAAUAGAAUUUAGGAAAAUUUAAGGAAAAAUGGAUAAAAACUAAAGAAAAGCAUCAAUUAAAGAUUUCUUUGAAAAAUAGAUUACUGUUAUGCUUAUAUCAUUGAAGGCAGGAGCUUAUGGGAUUAAUCUUUCUUGUGCAAAUCAUGUUUUGCUAGUUGAUCCUUGGUGGAAUCCAGCCGUAGAGGAUUAAGCUGUAGAGAGAGUUCAUAGAUUAGGACAACAAAAAUAGGUUUAGAUAGUUAGUUUCAUUUGUGAUAAUACAAUAGAAGAGAGAGUCUUACAGAUGCAUAAGAUGAAGAGACAGCUAUUUAAGGAUGCACUGCAAUUGAAAUUACCAAAUCAAGAGUUUAGUUUUUAGGAUUAGAUUGAAUUUGUUAUGAAUUAAUAAAUGGAGUCUUGA